AUGACCAAUUCACGUAUAGCUGAAACUCUAGCUAAACGACGUCAUCGUUGGAUUAGGACAGAAAAUGAACAGAUGGACGAUAACCGGUCCAGACCGGUCAGAUCCGACUCGGAGCUGACACAAAACCGGGCACUGAGCGAGAAUCAUCGUGAAGCGUUGAACGCGGAACGGACGCUCACACUGCGUCUGUUUUUCGUCUCGAUCACAUUCUUCAUUCUGAGCACACCAAGUUUGGUGUUUGUUGGUGUGGAAACGUUUGUGCCGCUGUCAAGGAGAACGUUUUCCGACGCGUAUCACAUUUCCCUGUUCAUGUUCGCGAUUAAUUUGACCUGCAAUUUCAUUCUGUACUGUUUGAUCGGGCACACGUUUCGUCGCGCCGUGUACGCCCUCGUGUGUUGCAAAUACACAAAAUUUCGUUCACUUCAGAACGACUUGGUCGAAGUGUCAUGUGAUUCACGUGACUCGGGAGGUCACACGGUGGAUCGGAAACAGGAAAAAAUGCAGUUCCCUUAA